AUGCUAUUUCGCUUCCGCGAGACGCAGGCUGCUGACCUUGGCAUCACAGACAUUGGCCGCCAGCGACGGCCAAAGGUCAUCACCGAGCAGACGUCGGUGGCCAAUUGCGAGCGAUGGCGCGGACAGGUCCUCAAGGAAAUCUCGCGCAAGGUGUCCAAGAUCCAGGACCCGGCGCUCAGUGACUUCCAGGUCCGCGACCUCAACGACGAGAUCAACAAACUGAUGCGUGAGAAGCACAUGUGGGAGGUGCAGAUCCGCAAUCUGGGCGGGCCCAACUACACGCUGCGGACAGGGCCUGGCGGCAAACCCAACAAGGAGUACGACGCGAACGGGCGCGAGAUUCCGGGGGCAGGCAAGGGCUACCGGUACUACGGCCGGGCGCGCGAGCUGCCCGGUGUCAAGGAGCUGUUUGAAGCGGCGCGAGCCAAGGCCAGCGGUGGACGGCGGGACGGGAAAGAAGGCGGAGGAGGGCCGGACGCACCGCUCGAGGAGCGCGACGACCUGCGCAAGGACGUGGAUGCGGCAUACUACGGCUAUGGCCCCGACGAAGAAGACAGCACAUUGCUUUCAUACGAGGUGGCACGGGAGGCCGAGGCGCAAGCACGACUGGCCGCGGCAGCCGACGCUGGAGGCAAGCCGCCACCAGGCUGGGAACCGCUGCCGGGUGAUAUAGGCGACGGUAAGGGCUGGAUCCUGCCGACGGUCGAGGAAGUACAACAGGAACUGUUGGAGCGGAGGAAGCGGCGCAUAUUGGAGCAGCUGUCGUGA